AUGUACCGGACCCUGAAGAGAGGCCGGCCCAACCACAAGGUCCUGCUGGACAGCACCCAUGGCCGCGCCGCCUUCCAGGGCCGGGGCCGCAUGGCGGAGCCAUACCCCUUGGUGAUCGCUGGAGAACACAACGAACCACGUGUGCUCAAGGUCCGGGGGCAGGGCCACCGUGUGCUCAGGAAGAUGUGCGCCGUGGACCAGCAGAUGCUGCGCUUUCGUGAUGAGUUCGAAGGCUGCCCAGACAUGUACCAGCGCACCCGGCUGACGAUCGCGGUCCUCGAACCGGAAGGCACCCUCUGCCGCUUCAUGUACAGCGCGGCCACCUUCCCGCCCCAGUGGCUGCACCCCCCGUACCACGACAAUUACAACUCUCGGGGGCAGCACGGGCUUCGCUAUAAUCCUGGGGGAGAACAAAUGAGAAGUUCGCGGACGCUCAUGGGCGGAGGGCAGAGAGAGCCCUGA